GUGUCCGCUCUUGUCCAUUUCUCACCUCCGGUGGUCAGCGCCGCCUUGCCGGCCGUCGUUUUUUCCGCCGCUGAUGCGAUCGAACUCGACGGUGGUACAUCAUUGCAACUCAGGGACUUCAUGAUUCAUAACUUAUUUACGUGAAGAUCAUAAGAUUAAGAUGAGAAGACAUUGUAGGCUUUGGUGGCCAAAGCAGCUCUUAUCAAAUCAAGAAUCAUCCUCCAGUAUUUUACUGGGGUGGUUUGUCACCUGCUCUCCGACAUCUCUUGACAUUGUUGUAGCGUUUACUUGCAGUGAAGUCUUGCUUUCUAGCUCUUGUCCUGGUCUCGAGGGGAUCAUUCAUGACACACAUGGGAGCAUGCCCACAAUUCUUCAGGAUAAGUCCAUGUUCUCUGUACUUGGUCUGUGUAUCACUGGUCCUACUAGUAAUAGUUUGAUAGCUGAAACAGAAGAUGAUAAAAAAAAGUUCCCUGAUUUUGGCAAUGCUUGGGCAGAGGGAAGUACAAGUGAAUACAUAGAGAAUAACUGUAGGAGCUGCAGUUCCUUCCAAUUAGAUGGAUCAUUGAGGAAAAUUAGCCAAUCUUUUAUUGGAAAAAGUAAUUGGGUCCUGCUGAUGUUUGAUUCUCCUGAGCAGAAUGAUGCAGGAAUACACGGGCUUCCAAAAUUACACCACAUUCAUUGGAAUGGACUAAUUGUGUCACAAUAUGAUGUUCACGUAAUAAUUUAUGAAACACCCUUUUAUGGUGCUCAUCAUUUCUCAUUGUCUCAUUCGGGUUCCAAUGAGCAAGCAAAAACUUCCAUUAAGAAUCCUAAGUGGGUGGAUGAGCUUCAUGAAAAGCAGCAAUUCAUUGAAUUGGAUACAGUUAUUCUGGCAAUUAAUUGCACUGCUGCUGCUAAAAGAUUUUUUGAGGGACAUGUAGUUCCAAGAAGAUCCUUGAGGCUGCUGUCCAUAUUUCCCAUGUUUUUUGAUGUCAUGGGGCAUCUGUUUUCGAAGUUUAUGGCUUCAUUCUCCACUAUGUUCUAUAUUGUUCUUCAGUUUUUCCAAACACGUGUUAAUUAUGUAUCAGAAUCAUGGGUGUAUGUGACAUCAGCAAAUGUAUUCAGGAAGACUGCAUGGAUAAAUAUCCAAAUCCGUUGUUGUCAGAUAUUAUAUUGGCCAAUCUUUCUUCAGGAGAAUGACCUCAGGUCACAGUCGUGUGUUGAAUAUUCAGAGAAAGCUGCAAUGCAUAGGCAUUCAUUGUGGUCAACUUUGGUUGUUGAUAUUCUCUUGGGAAACUUGGUUGGCUGGGCAAUGCUAUAUCAUGCAGAAUCCAUUAGUUUGUCAAUUUUGAACUUUAUCCAUGGGUUUGCCACAUUUUUGCGUUCCGGGUGUGUUUGGUUAAUGGGGAACCCUGCAGGCUUCAAAUUGAAUGCUGAGCUGGCAGGUGUACUUGGCAUGGUUUCUUUGAAUGCAAUACAAAUAUGGUCAACACUCUGGAUCUUUGUGGGUUUCAUCUUCAAUUAUAUUAUUCGGGGACUUUCUAUUUUGGGAAUUCUUUGUGGAUUUACUACAUCUGCUGCUUUGAUCAUAGACAUGAUUGCGUUGGGGACCUUACAUGUUUCAACUCUCCAUUGGUUGAUUUCACUUGUAUAUUCAUCACAGAUACAGGCUUUAGUAGCCUUGUGGCGGCUUUUCAGGGGGCGGAAGUGGAAUCCACUUAGGCAGAGGUUGGAUAGCUUUGACUACACUGUGAAGCAACAUAUUGUUGGAUCUCUUUUAUUUACGCCACUUUUACUUCUGUUACCAACUACUUCAGUUUUCUAUAUAUUCUUUAGUAUCGUGGACACAACCAUUAACCUUGUCUGCGUACUGAUUGAAGUUACUAUUUCGGUAAUUCAUGCUACACCGUAUAUCAAGAUAUUUCUUUGGUUGGUGAGACCAGGAAGAUUCCCUUCUGGAAUAUGGCUUGAAAUUGUUGGUUGUCAGAAUGAUUGUACUGUUCCCCCAAGUGCUGAAUUUGCUGAUGAAAUGACCUCAUCCAAGGAAUCAUUGCAUCUAAAGGAUUUGAAUAGAGAAAAAUCUAGUAUUCUGGUGUCAAUUCUCCACAGCAACUAUUUGAGCAUAGGAAAAGUUAUCUUGCCUCACUACAAAAAUGUAUUUUUGGGAGUUUCUGGGUCUUCCAUCUCCUCUGUAGCUUAUGGAAUCCUCAUUGGGAAAAGAAUGCCAUCUAUGCGCGGAACUUUUCUUCCUUCACCAUUGCCAUGGAUGUCCUUGCCCGUCAAAGAGUAUUGGUGCCUUUGUCAUGAUGCACUUAUUGCAUGCUUCAGAUGAUAAUAGCUUUAACUCGGAAUUCUUUUGUUGGGUGCAAUUAGCUUAGGGAUUUAUUUCCACAGAUUUCACCCAAAUAGCUUUUCUCUCAUGUUAGUGGCUUCUACUACUUACAAUUUGCAACAUUGAAAAUUCUUCAUAUUAGUUCAUCCCUAAUUCAGCAUUCGAUGUGUUCCUAUUCUUCCAACCUUGUAGAGUCGGCAAUUUUUUUGCUUUUGCCGAUACUGAGAAUUAUG